GCGAGGACCGCGGUGCGCGCCGGCGCCGGGACGCAGACUGCGCGGCGGCGACCGAACUGUUGCUCCAGCCCGUAGGUCUGCGGAGCCGCCUCGGAGGCCGGGAACGCUCGGGCCAAACCGCAGGGCAGGGCUUGGCCGACGAGCGCGGGGCGCGCGGAGGAGCAGCCCGAAAAGCCUGGCAGCGCGUUUAUCAGCGGCACAAGUCGGACUUGCGCGUCUCCCUAGCCAGGAGUUUUGGGGACGGUGCCUCCUUGAAUUUGGGGGUGUGGGCUCCUCCUGUGACGGCAGGGAGCGGUGUGGACGCCAGCGGGCUCUGCGGUUGAACCCGAAAGUGAAGUUGGGUCACGUGGCUGAACGCGCUUUCCCUGCUUUCGGGCGGCCGCGUCCUGCGCGGAAAAUCCCCGAAGCCCGCCGUCGUGUGUCAGAUGUGCAGACCCGGGCGCUUCUCCUCCAAGGGCAGCAUCCCCACUUGUCCCCACCUCCAAGUCCGCAUGCCUGCCCUUGGUGACUUCAAGCAAAUAUGUGUCCACAGUAGGUCAGGAAAUUUUGAGAAGAAAGAAACCCCAUUCGCCCUGUGUAUCUCCCCUUCCCCAGGAAUACUGCACACCUUCGCAGCUCAAACCCUCAGUUCUCAGGGUCCUGAAAAAGUGUAUGUUAGCGCGAGAGUUCGGUGUGUUGGGGAAGAGAAAAAAGUGACCUAAAUCCAAAGGAAAGUUGGUAAAUCGAUAGAAUUGUUACUGUAAAAAUGUUGAGUGGAACAACUUGCGGGGUUGCAGUAGCUUGAUUAUGGGCGCAAUAGAAGUAUAGAAAAACAACCACGCUGACCUGCCACACAUCAUAUUUAUUUACCAUCAGCCAACAUCAAAGUGAAAUAUGAAGUGACACCCGACUAUAAAGCAAUGUGCAAUAAAAUAUAACACUUCUAUAUAAUAGUGUCUAUUAUGCAGCCAAUAAAACCACAUUUUGAAAAAAAAAAAAAAA